UAUCGUCAGGUUCUCUCCGACCGUCGCUCUGCUAACCCUCGCGCGCGUUCUCUCUCCCUCUGUCUUUCUCUCUCUCUCUCUCUCUCUCCCUCUGUCUCUCUCUCUCUCUCUCCCUCUCUUCUCCUCCCAUUCUCUUUCCCAAAGCAGUCGUCUUCGCGCACGUCGCCCACCACUUUCGCUUCCGAGACGGACGCGAGAUUUCACCCCCGUCGACGCAACGACCCUCCGUACUCUAUCUACCGUUGAGCUAUCAGCGGUUCUUCGGUCGCUCGCGGGUCUUCGGGAUCGUGCGCACCCCCGUGCGAACGUAGAUUUCUCUCUCUCUUUCGCAGAGCUCAUCCGUACGGACGAGUUGCCCAGCUUAAGCGCUACGCAGAACUCUGUCGACGUCUUGCAACGUCGUCUCCUCGAACGCCGCGAAGUCUACCGCUGUACUCCGCGCUUUCACCAGUCCAAAAAUGAUGAGCUCAACGUUGAUGGUUCUUGUGUCCGUAACGACCAUGGCGUUGAUAUCCGGCGAAGCUUUUGCCGUGUUACCUGCUAAGUGCAAUGCAGGAUUUCUCGAGGAACUUCCACCCAGACUCCGUAAAUUUUGCAUCACUAUCGCUAAAGUAUGGAACGCCAAUGGCAUGAAUAAUCCUGUCGACGACACAGAAUACCGAGAGUUCUUGCCGCUAUACAACAGUGAUGUCAAGAGGCAAGACGUCGAUCACAUUUUCCUACGCUUCGGGAGACGACGUUAGAAAACGACAUCUACUCUGUAUUCACAAGCGGCAAACGAUCAAGUUCUCUUCAAGUCGUCCGAUCACCUCAUCAUCGAUUCGUAGGACAUUUACCGGAUUAUAAGGGACCGCAGUCAGCCGUGCCAAAAGACGAUCUCGUCAAUGUUGAAAAAACCUGGCUUCUUCUUCGAUUAUUACACUUGAACGGCGUUUAAGUGUGAAAUCAGUCCCCUUUUAGCGUUAAGUCAGCGUGAAAGUGAGUACGUUUCGUUAGGUUUAUAUUGCGAGCAUACACUAUUGCGUUAGCUCGUCCUUCUCUUUAUCCAUUAAACGAAAAUUUCAAAAGACGUUAAGCAGCGAUUAAGCGUUGGUAUGUUUUGCAAAUUUUCCAUCAACGGCCAACGUCUUCAAUAUUUCUUGAGAGGCAGAAUUUUAUCCCAGAAAUUUUACUUUUCCGUACAAAUCUUUAUUCUCCAAAUGGAAGAGAGAGAAACAUGAGCGAAGGACAAUUUUUUCCGAAAAAGAAUUAUAGCAUAACACUUCGAAAUGUGUAUUCUUGUUCAUCAUUUCUGCUAAAGAAUUAAAGGAAGAUACAAGUUCCAUGAUAUAUAUUCCCCUUCCUCGUUAGUCGACUAAUUUCAUGUGCAAUGGCAAAUGUCCUAAGAAUGAAACGCUAUUUUACAGAAACGAUGAAAAAAACACUAUCUAAUGAUUCUAGUAUUAAUCUCAGAGAUCUUUAAACAGUAUAAGAAAAAAAAACAAUUAUGCGGUUUAAUUAAAGUCCUUUAUAAUGUAAUGUGGUCUUCUCAACGGUCUUCAAAUAUAUAACAGAUGUGCGGUAUAUAUAU